UAGCUGCUCACCCAUGUCACCGGUCCCGAGGACCGACCUGGGAUGGGUGAGAUGGUGGGUGGGCAUGGCUGGCAUCCCUGAACCGCACCGAAUCGGUCGGUCGGGUAGCUGCCCUCUUGCCUCGCCUCGCCACCCGAGUUUUCUUUCGCUUUCUUCAAACAUUUCUGGCUAACUCCUCGACGAAGGCACCGGGCCCAUCCCGGGAGAGCGGGCGAAAGAGCUCCGCCUCUGGGGGUUUCCUAGUCGCCUGAGGCUGGCGGCCGCGCGGGGUGGACCGUACUGAUCACGCUGUCAGUUCGACACGCUGCGAGCGCGGGUAGGGAGGGAGGGCGCUGUCACCUCGCGCCUCCUUCUCGGGGGGAUUGGACUCCCACGGCCGCUGUCUCCCCAGGAAUCUCAGGUGGAGCCGGGGAAAGAAGCCUUAGAUAAACCAGGCGGACGUCACCCUCCGGAGCCUGUCCAGGAGUCUGACGGGCCAGGCGGCCCGAGAUGAGGCGGGGUUGGGGACCCCAGUCUCUCGCGCUCCUGCUUCUUCUGCUUGCGUAUCUGGCUCGGCAAGGGGAUGGCAACGAGGGCAGCAGCGCGGGAAGUUGUUCCUGUAGUACAACAUAUUCUUCCGGAUCCCCUCCAAGGGCCCAUAUUAUGGAACAUCUACAAAAACAACUGAAAAGUUAUGAGCGCUGUCCUUUCUUCAUCAGGUUCCACCUACCUCAGCGGACUGUAUGUGGGGGCAGCAAAGACGAAUGGGUGAUUAAAUUGGUGAGCUGCUUUGAUCACAAAGAAUGUGGACGUGCUAACUCCAAGGGAAUGGUGCACCAAGAGCAAUUACCUUCCCCCAGCACCCAUGCUCCUAAGCCCACUGAAAGGGCACCUUCAGACAUGGGCACCUCUGCCCAGCCGUACCUGCCACCCAUCCUGCUGCAGUAUACCCAGCAGCCCACCCUUCCAGCGGGAGUACUGCCCUUGAACAAAAACCUCACCCACGCCAAUGAAACCACUAUUUCCUCUGUGGGCCACAAUCUGGAGGCUGGUCAUGAGGCUGGAGCAAACCAGAAGCAGCUAAAAGAAAACGUGGGUCCUACAGCUCAGACAUCAGCUAUGGUACCAGUGCUGUCCCUCUUGGGCAUUGUCUUCCUCCUCACUGGAGUGCUCCUGUUUGUGCUGUGCAAGAGAAGGAAGCAGUCACUGCAGCGCUUUCCAGAUUUGCGGCUUCAUUAUACACCAAUGGCAACAGACUCCAACGCUUGAGCUAAGAAUGGAAGCUUGUGAGGGUAGAGGUUGUGACUUAUUCACCUGUGUACAUUUAAUACACUCACAUAAUCUCUGGUACACGGUAGACAUUCAUACGUAUGUUUUCUCUAUGCUACAAAACUCACCCUUUUCACUGCAUAAAAUAUUUGUUACAGAGGAUGAAAUCUUGGACAAAUUAUGUGUUUUUUUACUAAAAAUUAUUUUUAUAAUUAUGACUCUUCUCUCUGCAUAUAUUGACCUCAUGCCCUUGUCCCCUUGAUUCCUGGCUUCAGCUCCUCCGCUGACCAUCCCGUUCUGCCCACCCCCACUCCAAGUCUCUCUUCACACUACACCAGCUGUUCCUCCCCACCUUCAGCCUUCUUCUGCUUCCUCCCGCCACAAUGAAGGCCUGGACUUUCCGACCCUCCCUCAGCGGCCGCCGUACAGGCUAGUUUUACUUCUUUAAUCCUUUGCAUCCCCCACAUAUGCCUCAGUAAAAGUCUGAGCUCCUUGUUUUUAUUAU